UUAGGUUUAUCAUUGUAUAAUGCAGUCUAAUUUUCAGCAGUCUCAAGUGGAAUAACCAUAAAAUGAUGAUUGUAUUUUAUUUACUGUUGAUGCUCAGAGUGGGGCGAUCCACAGACGAGCCGAUUUUUGAGACAAAGACUGUUCAUGUUGGAGAUGAUGUGAUCAUGAUAUGUGAGCGCAAGGGUUCAGGAAGCUUGUUUUGGAUUAGGCUUGUUUCUGGAAACUUCCCUGAAGUCUUAGGAAAAACAUAUAGCUUAAAGACUGCUGUUCAUCACAUUACAGUCAGUGAAGAGCCUGAAAAAUUUGUUCUGCAUAUUGAAAGAGUAAAGCUAAAUGAUACAGCAGUUUACUAUUGUAUGAAAACAUACAGGGGAAACAUUACGUUUUUGAAUGGAACAGAUCUGAGAGUUAAAGGACCAGAACCUGAUAUCACUACAACCCCUCCAUCUGAUCCAGUCUGUCCAGAAGACCCUGUGUCUGUCCAGUGUUCAGUCCUCGCCAACUCGCAGAACAAAACGUACCACGAAGAAAACUGUAUGCGAUGUAUUAGAGCUGGAUCACAUCAGUCUCACCCAAGUUUUAAUUGUACUCAAGGAAAACGUGUUGAUGAAUAUCAAAAGAAGACUGAGGGACUCUCAACAAAGAACUGUAUCUGCAGCUUCUCUGAGAACAUCAGCUCCUCUGAUGCUGGGACAUGUUACUGUGCUGUGGCCACAUAUGGACAGAUAUUUUCUGGAAAUAAUUCAAAACUUCCUCCUGAAGUUUGGCAUUCGCAGAAAGAGAGGGUUAUUAUCUUUCUGUUGUGUGCUGCUUUGACUAUAAGUCUGAUUGUCACAGCCUUCCUUAUUUAUUUCAUCAAGAAACUCAAGAAAAGUUCUCAUUAUUAUGCUGCUGUUGCUCUGCAAACGACUGCAACAGCCAGCAGUGAUCAGGAACGUCAGCAGACAGAUGAGGAUUCAUUGGUUUAUUCUGCACCAACUUUUACCGGUAGGAAAGCUAGCAAAGGAGGGACAAGGGAAACAAAAACAGAAACAGAGAGUAUCUACACUGAUGUCAGAGCUCUUGGGAUGGAUUAACAGUCUAAGCAUGCAUUUGCUAAUUGAUGCUACUGCACUCCUGUGAGGGAAAUGUAGCCUUAAGCUUAAUUAUAUAUAUAUAUAUAUAUGUUUUGGCAAUAGACAUAUACUUUGACAUAACUGUAAACUUUAAUUUAUUUGUUGAGUUUUUAUUAAAAUUAUGUGGUGUGUCCCCCUUUAUAUAUGUAUAUAUAUAUUUAUAUAUGUUUUGUGUGUGUAGAUGUGCUGCUUCUUUCCUAAUAGAAGGAACACAUAUAAUGAAAUCACUAAUAAAAUUUACAUUUG